AGUCGCCGUCUGUCAACAACACGUGUGCGUUUUGUGAGGUUAAACUUCGACGAUAAUUUUGGAAAACACGGCCCCCACGAUGGAGGACCAGCGCUUCGCCCACGUGAAAACCGACCCCAAGUUCCGCCGCAUCCCCAAAGGCGCCCGCAAAGUGAAAAUCGACAGUCGCUUCAAGUCCAUGUUUAAAGACAAACAGUUCAAAGUUAAAUACACGGUGGAUAAGCGCGGCAGGCCCGUGAAUCACACCUCCACUGAAGACUUGAAGCGCUACUACGACCUGUCUGAUAGCUCGUCGGACGAAGAAACCGACGAUAAAAGCGAGCUCAGCGUGAAAGAUAAAACCGACAAAGUGGUUUCAGACGAAAUUAAAAAAAAACUGCGUAAUUUGAGCGUGGAUUAUGCCCGAGGUGAGUCGAGUUUGUUGACGGAGAGUUCGUCCGACGACGACGACGACGAGGACGACGAAGUCGCAGAGGGUGACGAUAUCGAGCACAAUUGGGGCGAAUUGGACAACGAUGCAGAGAAAACCGAAGACGCGACGUUCAGAUUGGCGGCUUGUAACAUGGAUUGGGAUAGAAUCCGCGCUAUGGACUUGAUGGUGUUGUUUAACUCGUUUCUGCCGCCAGGUGGCGCUGUAAAAUCUGUAACCAUUUACCCGUCGGAAUUUGGCAAAAAGCGGAUGGUGGAGGAGGAUGUCAAAGGACCGAUUGAGUUGGUUGAGAAUAAAUUAAACGAAGAGGACGGUGAGGAAGGGGCGAAGUACCACAUGGAGAAACUGCGGCAGUACCAACUCAACCGACUCAAGUAUUAUUACGCUGUAAUUGUCUUUGAUAGCGCUACCACGGCUAAUAAAGUUUACUCAGAGUGCGACGGAAUGGAAUACGAAUCUAGUGCGACGAAACUCGACCUCAGGUUUAUCCCCGACGAUAUGUGUUUUGAUGACGAAGCGAAAGAACAGUGUGACAAACUCCCGGAACUUAAUAAGUACCAACCGCGAUUUUUCACGACGACGGCGCUCCAACAAGCCAAAGUUGAUUUGACUUGGGAUGAAACCGACCCGAGUAGGAUUGAGCUGACGCAGAAGAUCAGCUCAGGCAAGAUUGAAGAUAUUUCAGAGAACGAUCUUCAUAAUUACGUGGCUGUGAGUGAAGAUGAAGAAAGCGGUAGCUCAGAGGAGUGCGACGACGACGACGACAACCCGAUCGAGAAAUACAAACAACUACUACAAGACAUUGAAAAUAAAGAAGACGAAAAGAAGAACAGAGAGGUCGAAAUGGAAGUGAGUUGGGGGAUUGAUUUGAAGAGUAAGACGGAGAAAUUGGUGCGGAAGAAGAUUGAUGAAGACACGGCGAAGACACCGUUCGAGAAAUACUUAGACAAGAGGAAAGAGAAGAGGAAGGAGAAGAAGAAACAAAGGAAAGGGGGUGAAGAUUCAGACGAUAUUCCGUCCGACGUGGAUAUGAAUGACCCGUUCUUCGCUGAAGAAUUCAACAAUCCGGAAUUCAAACAGAAGAAGAAAAAGAAGGAGGAGAGAGUUGAGUCUGACGAAACUAAUCCGGAGUUGGAGUUGCUACUUUUGAACGAAGACGAGGAUAAGUCACACUUUAGUUUGAAGAAGAUACAGAAGCAGGAAGAGGUUUCUUUGAAGAAGAAACGGAAGAAGAAGGAUGUGGAGGGUGACAAAGCGGACGAUUUUCAGAUUAAUGUCGACGAUGAUCGAUUUUCGGCUCUGUAUACCAGUCAUUUGUAUAAUAUUGACCCGACGAGUCCUCACUACAAGAAAACUAAAGGGAUAGAGACUUUGAUAAAUGAGAAAAUUAAAAGACGGAAAGACGAGGACUCAAAUAAUGAACCCGUAGUUUCUAAGAAAAAGGACGCGGAGCUGAGUGUUUUGGUAAAAUCGGUGAAGAGGAAAGCGCAAGCUUUGAAAAACAAGAAGCGAUGAAAUUUUGUAUCUCAGCGUAAUUAAAGUCUUGUUUAUAAA